AUGGAACUACCUUCUACCUCUACCCCUCAACCUUCAAGUUCUAGUGCCAUACCCUCUCAACCUCUACCCAACCCUAAGGGUGGCAUCAAUGCCAUUAGCUUGAGGUCCAGAACUCAAUUUCAAGAGAGGAGUCCAAAGCCAUCUAGCUCAAUAAUAGUCACUCAAUAUGAGAAUGUGAUUGAAAUAGAAAAAAUUGAAGAGGAGGAUGAAGCAGAAGAGGUAGUCGAAGAUGAAGUCCCUCAACCAAGGAGUGAAGUCUCUAAAGACAAGAAUGUCUUGGAGGAAGUUGCUCAACAAAUUCCGUUUCCUACAUUGGCAAGGAAAGCCAAGAAGCGUGUAGAGCUUGACUCCAAAAUGGUGGAGAUGUUCAAGAAAUUUGAGGUAACUAUCCCUCUCUUUGAUGAUAUCCAUCAAGUACCUAAAUAUGCAGAGUUUCUUAAGGAUUUGUGUAUGAACAAAUAUAGAAUCCAUGAGUUGGAAACUAUUCCAUUGGGGAGUUCUAUUUCGGCUUUAAUGGGAGUAAUAUCGGAAAAGUAUGGUGAUCCGGGCCCUUGUACCAUGGAUGGAGUUCAAUUCAUUGAUUGUAUGUGUGAUCUUGGUGCAUGCGUUAGUAUUAUGCCUCUUUCCAUUUAUCAUAUAUUGAAGCUCCCACCGUUGAAGCGGUCGGCGGCUAAGUUUGUCUUGGCGGAUAAGAGCAUAAUAACUAUGACGGGUAUUGCAGAAGAUGUUUUGGUAAACAUAAAGGGUUUGGUAUUUUCGAUUGAUUUUCAUAUCCUUGAGAUGCCACCUAGUGAAUCCAAAAGGACAUCGUCUAUCUUACUUGGGAGGCCAUUUUUGAGGACCUCUAGGUUCAAAUUGGAUGUCUAUUCGAGAACUUAUUCUUUUGAGAUCGACGGAAGAGUUCUAAGCUUUAGCCUUGAUGAAGACAUGACGCACCCACCGGAGGAUCAUUCCAUAUUCCGGUGUGACAUAGUUGACAAUGUUGUGGCCGAAGUACAUUAUGCAAAUCUAGAUGAGAAGAGUAUGAUUGAAGGAUCAAGUGUGGGGAGCCCCCAUGAAUGUGAAGAGAACACCAUACCCUUUCUGGAUCCACCAAAAGUUCAACUGGAAAGUCAAGAACAACAUGUAGAGUUAAAACCACUACCGCCCCACCUAAAAUAUGCCUAUCUUGAUGAAGCUCACAAGUUCCCGGUAAUUGUUGCAAAGGAACUCACACCUCAACAAGAGGAGAAGUUGCUUCAAGUGUUGAGGAGGAACAAAAGAGUUAUAGGAUAG